UAGGUCGAGCGGGAGCCGAGGCGGCGGCGGCGCUGCGGGGGACGGAGCCGCGGGCGCGCCCGAGCAGGUGAUGUUCAGAGGAGUCAUGAGAUGGCCCCGAUUAAUUUCCCAUAUUUUCAGGCAUGUGCAUCUGGAGUACGCACAUGCAGGCAACUGCUAGCUAGAAACGGAGCCUUGAAGCCCAUCAGUCUGCAAAUUCAGCAGCUCGGGUCCUGCCGCUGUGGUUCCUCAGCUUGGUGGGCCGUGCGCUCAGGGAAUCGUUUCCAGCAUGUAUUUUGUAAAAAUUACUAUGUGGAACUGCGAUCCUCCCCCAGUUCUGUCACGGAAAGGGUGCAAAUCCAGGGCACGGAUGUUGGCGACAGUAGAUGCACCGAGGAACAAAUAAUUUUGAAGAAGCUGUAUAGUUACUCUUCAUACCAAGACAUUUUCAAAUUGGUGCACUCGUUGGAAAGUUUUUCUGACACCAUGGUGGCCACGGCCUUUCAGCGGGUGUGUGACAUUCAGCUAGAGAACAGCACCUUGAAGAAUCCUCAGGAGGUAGUGGAAAACGAUACCUUCCAGUCCCUCUGCUUCCAGCUGGAACAAGAAACUCAAAAUCUCUCAGACGCCAGUCUUGUAAAUUCACUGAAUGCAUUGAUAAAGUUGCGUGUGGAUCCCUGCAGCACCUUGAUUGCUCGCUUAGUGUCCGAGAGCCAGGAGCGUCUUGAUAGAGGCCAGAUGUCCAUCAGGGAUUUGUGUGUCCUUGGAGAAGGGAUAUUUAGCCUGGAGGGUCCUAGCUCCAUUAUCCUGGAAAGGGUUACAGAGCGAAUCCAUAGUACGGAGGUGAAGGACUGGAAGGCCGAUGAAAUGGCCAUGGUCUACAGGAUCCUGUGCUUGGCGGUAGAGCAGAAAGACAAAUUCCAAGACCUGUUAAAUAGUAUGCACUAUUUCACCAUAAGGCAGGUCCCUCAGUUCGAUGGCAGACUGACAAGUACAGUUUUAAACUCCCUGGUUGCUCUCGAUCAAGCCCAGGCGCUUCCCUUGGUGAUCAAGCUUUGCAAGCAUUCGGUCCGGCACGUCCCGCACUUCACAGACGGGGAAUUGGUGAACGUGUUGGAGGCCUUCAUCCAUUUUGGGCACCACGACCAGUUCUUCACAGAGGCCUUGGAGAGACAUGUUUCCAAGCACGCCUUCACCAUGAGUCCCAACGCCGUCUCCAAAGUCAUGCAGUACUGCCAUAAGAAGCACAUCCUUUCCAAACCCAUCUUCGACGCGGUGGCAGAAAGUUUUGUCUACAAUGCGGACAACUUCACCACUUCCCAGAUCGCAGAGCAAAUUGUCCCGUUUGGAAAACUCAACUAUUUGCCGCCGUGUGCCGCGUCUCUUUUCCGAAAGCUGGAGCGGAUCCUCAGUGCUCAGUUUGACCAGUUCCAGCUUCACACGCUCUUGAAUCUUCUUCAUGCAUGCACCCUUAUCCAGCGGUAUCCUCUGAAUUUUCUGGCCAAAGUGUUUAGUCCCUAUUUCCUGCAGCAGUUGCAAGCCGAAGCCCCCAGUUUGGAGAAGUUGACUCUUUCUCAGCUGACCCAGCUAUUUCUGACGGUUAAACUGGAAUGCCCAUCCUAUAUGGGUCCCCUUCUACUCCCGAAAUACCGAGUCAGGUCCUUUCUCACGCCAGGCCAUGCGCUGGAGUCCUUGGCGGACCCUCGCCUCUACUACAGGGUGCGGGCCGGCCUGAUCGACCUCCUGGGAGCCCAGAUGUAUUUUGCCUCCCAGGUGCUGACGCCCUUCUGCUACACGCUAGAUGUUGAGAUUAGGUUUGACGAAGAAGGGUUCAUAUUACCAGCGAAGAGAUUCGAAGAGGUGUCCAAGAGGCUAGCGCUUUGCAUUGACGACCGGAAGAGAUUCUGUGCCAACAGUCACAACCUUCUCGGAAGAGAAGCCUUCAAGCAGAGACAGCUGCGGCUCCUUGGUUAUGAAGUCGUGCAGAUCCCAUUUUAUGAAUUUGAGCCGCUGAGUGGUAGAAGUGAGAUUGUGAAAUACCUGCACAAGAAAAUCUUCCCUAAUUCGUAUAGGCUCAGCUGGUGAUCCGUUGGAAUCCACUUCAUGCUGCCACGUCUGUGGAGAAGAUGGCUCAUUUUUAUUUUUUUAAUGAUGGGUGUGAGAUAAACUAGUCUGUGUUUUAGACUUGAUUUUGGGAUUGAUUUUAUCACAUUUCCAGACUCUUGUCUUGCCAAUAAUGUGGAGUGUGAAAGGAGGAUUGUGUGGAAAUAAAUGUAUUCUUGUAUUUGACUGUA